AUGAGUCGCCCCACCUUGAUUCGUGCUCACCGUUGCAUUCUAGCUGCAUGGUCUCCUGUCUUUUCAAGAAUGUUCGAAACCGGAUUCCAAGAAGAGAAGAGUAAAUUUGUCAAGAUAGAAGAUAUGGAUAAUCGUACUCUGGACCUCCUCCUCACUUUCAUGUACACAGGAGUUGUGGACCUACCAGUUGAAAUCUCCAAGGGGCUUCUUCUCCUAGCUGCCGCUGACAAAUAUGGAGUUCAGGAACUCAAGCAACGACUGGAUAAGGGUCUGUGUGAAUCAAUAAAUGACGACAACGCUUUUGAAUGCUUCAAAUUUUCGGAUAUGCACAGUGCGGCAUUGCUAAGAGAGGCUUCUUCUAAGCACAUAUUGGAAUGCAUGGAUGUUGAAGAAAGUUUGAUUCCUCUGAAGUGUAUGCUGCUCGGAGAUAACAAUGUGGACAGGAAACUGGCUGUAGAAUUGGUAGAAAUUCUGUGGCUCAAGUAG